AUGGCGCCGCUCAAGAUCCACAUCGCCAGGCCAAAAGAGGCCGACAAAUCCACGGUGCGGUCGCUAAUGUCCUCGUCGAACACACGGAUCGCCUGGGCAGCCGAGAGCGCUGUUGAUAUACGCAUCCUCGAGCUCGACAAGGGCAACGAGAAUGUGGAGCUCUGGGACGUAUGAGGAGAUCAGAAGUAAGACUGAGCAAUUAACUGGUAGUAUUAUAAGCUAAAUCAUUUACCCCUUGCAGCUAGGAGGCGUGCUGGCCUGCAGUAUUGAAGGAGACAGACGGUGUUAUUCUCGUCUAGAACCCGGAGUCUCAUGUCCACGAGAGCGAGGCCAUGCUUUGGUACGAGUGAUUUAUUGAGAACGCUGGCUUGGACUGUUCUCAGUGCCUCGUAUUCGAGCACUCGACGGGGAAC